AUGCGGGAAGAGCUCCGCAGGAUACUCUCUUUGGCAAGCUCGGCAAAGCUGUGUGGCGCUCUCAAAGACCACCGCAAGGCAGCGGCGAUUCACCAAGAGAUUCUCUCCUCUCCAGAGCUCAGACACAACACAUUCCUCUCCAACGCACUGGUUGAAAUGUACGGCAAGCUCGGAAGACUGUACGAGGCCAGGAACGUCUUCGAUUCCAUCCCCUGCCCCAACCUACACUCGUGGAAUAUUGCGGUCGCGGCAUAUGCCCAGAAUGGGCAUAUGCCGGAAUCCUUUAGACUCUUUGAGAAUAUGCCCCACCGAGACGUUGUAGCGUGGACGAGCGUCAUCGCGGGCUUUGUAUCUCUUGGGAAUCUUGGGGAUGCCAUGGAAGUUUUUGAGAAGAUGCCAUACAGGGACCUGCGUGCCUGGAACACCGUCCUCCACGCAUAUUCCCAGGCAGGGAAUCUGGAAUGUGCUCUAAAUGUGUUGGAGUCGAUGCCACAGCGAGAUGCCAACACGUGGACGAGGACCAUUGGGGCGUACUGCCAAGCUGGAAGUAUUCGGGAAUCUCUGGUGCUGUUGGACAAGAUGCCCCAGAGGUGCCUAGUAACGUGGAACUUGAUGCUCCAGGCAUAUGCCCAGAGCGGGGAUCUUUGCGAGGCGAGGAGCUUGUUCUUGGCGAUGCCUGAAAGAGAUGGUUUCUCUUGGAACGCGCUGUUGCUACUGGCGGCGAGAGAUUGCGAUGGCGACGAGGCGCGAGCGAUCUUUGUGGCGAUGCCAAUGUGGGAUCGAGUGUCCUGGAACACGAUGAUCUCGGUUAGCAGCCAGGAUGAUCGAUCGAAACAGACCUUCGACGCUGCUCCUCAGCGAGAUGCCGUGUCCUGGACCGCGCUGGUAAGUUCCUGCUCGCGCUGGGAUCUGCUGCUGGCGCGAGAGGUUGUGGAGAGGAUGCCGCAGCACGAUCUCGUCGUGCUCACCGCGAUGAUCCAGGCCUAUGCCGAGAGCGGCGAUGUGAAGAACACCCAGAAAAUCUUCUUUCGCCAGAUGCCACACAGGAAUGCGGUGUCCUGGAACGCGAUGAUUGCCGCCUACUCGAGGUGCGAUGCCCAUGCCGCCCACGAGAUCUUUGCAGCGAUGCCUCAGAGGAGCCUAGUUUCCGAGAAUCUGAUGUUGAGAGCCUUCGCGCGAGCUGGAUCGGUCGAGGACGUCAAGCUCCAGUUUGAUGCGAUGAGCCACAGAGAUCUGGCAUCUUGGAGCUGGCUGCUCUCGGCGUAUGCUCAGCGGGGACAGUCGAUCGACGAGGCCAGAGCCGUGAUUCAGAGAAUUCCUGGGAGAGACCUAUUGUCGUGGAACUUGAUGAUCGUCGCGUGCGGGCAAAACGGCCUGGUAGAGGAAGCAAUCGUCAGCUUCACACAGAUUCCAGAGCGAAAUAUUCUCACCUGGAAUGCGAUGGCGAGCGCUUACGCGCACAAUGGCCUGCUCGACAGCGCCAGGAACAUCAUCGAUUCGGCGCAGGAGCUGGACUCCGUGUCAUGGAACGUCUUGAUCACCGCGAUCGCGCAGAGCGGGGACUGUGAGCGAAAUAUCGAAAUAUUUCGCGAGAUGCUGCUGCGCGGCAGUGAUCCCGACGCCGUGACGAUCCUCGCGAUGCUCACCGGAUGUGGCCAUGCCGGGAAAAUCCAAGACGCGAUCAAUCUCUUCAGCUCCAUGGCCACGGAUUUCCACCUGGAGCGGCUGCCAGAGCAUCUCCACUGCCUGAUCGAUGCCCUGGGCCGGGUGAAGCGGCUCGACGAAGCGGAGGAGCUCGCUCGGAUUGCAAGAAAAGAAGACGCGGUCGCAUGGAGGACGCUGCUCGCUGCCUGUGAGAUCCACGGGGAAGAGAAUCGAGGGACGCGAGCGGCGUGCCGCGUUCUUGAUCUAGAGCCGGAGAAUGGAUCACCUUACAUUCUCCUCUCCAACGCAUUGAAGCUGCCCUAA